GUAGAGGUUUUCCUCAAGUAAGCCGUGAAAAUUCGCAUUGCCACCCAUUUCCAGCUGCUGUUAAAACUUAAGGGGGGAAAAAAAGAAAAUGCCAAACAAGCCAGGGGUUGUGGAGGGGACAGAAUGGCCUGUUUGCAGUGUGCCGGUUAAGGACAGCGUGAUGGAGCUGAAGCACAGAGAUUUCACCAUGAAAAAUAUGGGAAACCUCAAACCUAUAUCCAGAAAAACCACAGUCCACAACUUAUCAAAUUCUGUUGAACAGCAAUCCUUAACUACAAUCAUGGCAACUGUCAGUAAUGAGGUGCACCAUUUGGUAGAUCCUGGAAUCUCAAAGCUGCAGUUUGCUCCCUUCAGUAGUGCCUUGGAUGCAGGAUUCUGGCAUGAGCUAACACAGAAGAAACUCAAUGAGUACCGACUGGAUGAAACCCCAAAAGUUAUCAAGGGAUACUACUAUAAUGGUGAUCCUUUGGGUUUGCCAGCUCGCUUGACAUUGGAGUUUAGUGCCUUUGACAUUUUCUUUCUUUUAUUCAGGAACUCUGCAAUACCAGCACGUUGCUGCCCUGCUUUUGGAACAUUGUAUAACACCAACACUUUUGAGACUUUCAAGUCCUGUGAUAAGAAAUCACUUCUGGAAAAAGAAGCGAAUGAUAUAUGGGAGUCAAUAAAAUCUGGAGCUGCUCUUGAAAACCCUAUGCUCCUGAACAGGUUCCUGCUCCUGACAUUCGCAGACUUAAAAAAGUACCACUUUUAUUACUGGUUUUGCUACCCUGCUCUCUGCUUCCCUGAUGGAAUACAAAUAAUUCAGAAACCAGUGUGUCUUGGUGACAGAUUGCCAAUAAAUCAGAUUCAAGCACUUCAGAAAGCAUAUGAUGAACUUUGCCAGAAGGAGGGUGUUACAGCCUUGCCUUAUUUUUUAGUUAAGUAUCAUGACAGUUCUGUCAUGGUAUCUGUACUGAAAAAGUGGGAUGAUUUCUUCAAAGGCGAACGGGGAAAGGUGACAGUUGGAGUUUAUGAUCCAUGUAAUUUAUCCCACUAUCCAGGAUGGCCACUGAGAAAUUUCCUGAUCCUGGCAGCCCACAAAUGGGGCAGCACUCUCCAGUCAGUUGAAGUUAUCUGCUUCAGAGAUAGGACCAUGCAAGGAGUGAGAGAGAUAACACACAGCAUUAUCUUUGAAAUAAAACUUCCAGAGAGACCCCUUGGCCCAGAUUGUCCAAAAGCUGUUGGAUGGGAGAAAAACCAAAAAGGAGGCAUGGGUCCAAGGAUGGUGAAUCUCAGUGAAUGCAUGGAUCCAAAAAGGUUAGCAGAAUCAUCAGUGGAUCUUAAUUUGAAACUGAUGUGCUGGCGGUUGGUGCCUACGCUUGAUUUGGAAAAAAUUGUGUCUGCCAAGUGUCUGCUGCUAGGAGCUGGUACACUGGGUUGUAGUGUUGCAAGGACCUUGAUGGGCUGGGGAGUCAGGAAAAUUACAUUUGUGGACAAUGCAAAGAUUUCCUACUCCAACCCAGUUCGACAGCCACUGUAUGAGUUUGAAGAUUGUCUUAGUGGUGGGAAGCCCAAGGCACUUGCAGCAGCAGAGAGGCUGCAGAAAAUCUUCCCAGGAGUGAGUUCAGAAGGCUACAACAUGAGCAUCCCUAUGCCAGGCCACCCAGUGAAUUUUUCUGAAGUAACAAUGGCACAGGCUCGGAAGGAUGUGGCUAAACUUGAAGAGCUAAUUGAUGCUCAUGAUGUUGUUUUCCUGCUAAUGGACACCAGAGAGAGUCGAUGGCUUCCUGCUGUCAUUGCAGCCAGCAAGAGGAAGUUGGUCAUCAAUGCUGCCUUGGGAUUUGACACAUUUGUUGUUAUGAGACACGGACUAAAGAAACCAAAACAGCAAGAAUCGGGUGACUCAUGUCUCAGCAAUGCCUCUGGUUCUUCUGAUCUUUUGGGAUCAUCACUUUUUUCAAAUAUCCCUGGCUAUAAACUGGGCUGCUACUUCUGCAACGAUGUUGUGGCACCAGGGGAUUCCACCAGGGAUCGGACAUUGGAUCAGCAGUGCACGGUCAGUCGACCUGGAUUAGCCAUGGUAGCUGGAGCUCUUGCAGUGGAAUUAAUGGUUUCUGUUUUACAGCAUCCAGAAGGUGGUUAUGCUGUGGCCAGCAGUAGUGAUGAUAGGAUGAAUGAACCACCUACUUCUCUUGGACUGGUUCCUCAUCAGAUCCGUGGAUUUUUAUCAAGAUUUGAUAACGUUCUCCCAGUCAGCCUGGCAUUUGAUAAGUGCACAGCCUGUUCAACCAAAGUCCUUGACCAAUAUGAACGAGAAGGGUUUAAUUUCCUAGCUAAAGUUUUUAAUUCUUCACAUUCCUUCUUAGAAGACUUGACAGGUCUAACUUUAUUACACCAGGAGACACAGGCUGCUGAGAUCUGGGACAUGAGUGAUGAUGAAACAGUCUGAAAAAGGGCUGAAUGAGGUGGAAGAUGACCUACUUUGGGCUGCAGCUCUGCCUUUUAUCUGUUCUUUGACAAGUUAAUGAUUGCUUACCCCUUCUGACUGCUAGAAACACAAACAAAUAUAAUCCACAUUUUGACAGUAUCUUCACAUUAAUAGCAGUCUGUUAUGGAUAUAACUCCACGUUUUCAUUUUAUGAUGUGAAUAACUAAAGCAAUGUGGUUCUGUUUAAACAUUGUCUUCCUUUUUUUUUUUUUUUUUUUGUAGUUUCUAUAUGUGGCUUAGAUAUAAAAUCUGCUGCUUAAGGAAACUUUGGUGGUUAAUUUGUCCCUCUUUUUAUUUUGCCUGUCAGUGGACACGUCCAGGCAGCAUGUCUAAAUGUCUUUUUUUCAUCUUUGCCAGAUUUGCACCCUUUAAGUUGUAACGUGUUUUUAAGAUUGAGAAUAUUCUGCUCUUGGGAGUUAAACUGCAUCUUUACAGGAGGGCCAGAGUAGGCAAGAACAUCUACUGCCUCCACCACAUUGAUUGCUGCUUCCAGAUACAUAUUUAUAGGACAAUUUAUUCCCUUUUCUUUGUUAUAGUAUGGCUGUUCUGGCCUGUGUCAAUGGAGGUGUUAUUCUCUGUAAAGGUCUCAUCAUUCCAUGCUAUGGAAAAAAAAACCUGCUUUGACUUAUAUUUACAGAGGAAGGACCAAAAUGUGUUGGUAUCAUCAUUAGAUUGCCCUGAAGGGAAGACUGUUACAUAGUAGAAGUUGCUUUUGGGGAAGUAUCAUUGGUUCAGUCAGAACCUGUGGUGAAAUGCUUAACAAAAGUAAGAAAUUGGUUCUCCAACUUUGCUGUUCUUGGAUGCAGUCAGGCAGUAUUUCACAGGUGUUGACAAAAACCAAUUCUCAUUUUCAUUUUGGUUGGAUUUUAAGUUUUUCAUCUUUUGCGGCGUCAGAAAUGGCUUCAGAGAUUAUGGCUGAGCACAAACAGUAGUUUCAGAAUCCUGGAGUUUAAAAGAUAACUUGAGAAGAAUUGUUUUGUAAUAUAUCAAAGUACAGUAUUACAAAAUUAUAAGUUAAUCUAGUGGUUUUUACCUCGGCAUGUGUUUUAAAAGUGUGCUUGUAAUCCCUUUUAUGGCUUUAUGUUGGGGGGAUUAUGGGCUAACUCACUGAGAAAAAAUGCAAAUCACUUUAUCUGCCAGUUUUUAUUUGCCAUAUAUAUUAUUAAAAGUAGUUGGUCAGUGCAAUUAUUUUAGUUCCUUCCUUAACACAAGCUCUGAGUAGAUAAUUUCACAGCUUCUCUCCUAGCCGCAGCAGCAGAAGUUCAGCCAGGUCAAUUUACUUAAAAGGAUAUCUCUUAAGUCCCCAGUUCUGAUCAUAAAAGAAUAUUGAUUGCAACAUGCUGAGGUUUGCAUCAACUGUCUAAAAUAUCUGUAAUUUCUAUUUAUUUUAACUAUAAUAUUAAUUGCAUUUAUGUGAUUUCUCAAGUAUCCUUAAGGGAAUGUCUCAUUUAGCUAACUUCACUGUAAUAUAAUAUAUAUAUAUUAAUCAAAUAUAUUUUUUAAAUACGAGUAAUCAUAGGAAACUGAUCUUUUGGUGGUCAGGCAAUGAACAAUAAGAUAGAUAACAUGCCAUGUCCAUUUUAAGCCGGUUUGUUAAUGUACGUAAUUAGUUGUGAGCUCGAAUGACCUCCGUUUUGUUACCCGGAGUCAUGAGUCACUACCAGGGCAGUUUGAAGGGAAUGAUCUGCAUUUUUAUCAUUUGGAGCUGCUGACUGUGGAGUAUAAGAGUCUCUCUUCAGUUAUUGGCUAUAUAAAACCUGAAAGCUGGUCUUCUUUCUGAAAUCUGAUACAUGUUAAUAACUAUUUUAAAUAUCCGAAAAUCUGCUUCUCCUGAUACAGUUACAUUGUAGUUUUGCAUUGAAAGUAUCCAUGUAACUGCAGAAGUAUAAAGGCUGGAAAGGUUCAAAACUCAGGGUUAAUACAAUGUUUCCUUACCUCUGUAAUUUCAGUACCCAACAGCUCUCUCAGGCUGAGCUGUUUCCUGUACAUAUGCUUCCCAGAUGUCUUUGAUGCUCAGAAACGCUUUGGUUUGACUUGGAAUAACUUCCGCUGGCUAACUAUAAUGUUGUUUUCUUUCUCCUUGCAGGCCAGAGUUGUUCUUAUUUUGCUUUUACUCAAUUUCUGGGCAUAUACUGAGUGAGAAAUCAUGAGAAUCCAUUCAAAUACUAAUAACAGAUAAGCACAUUUAUUUACUGGAUUGUAUGCACAGGAUGAGGAUUUUGGCACAGUCCUCAGCUCCAGUUAUUGCUGUUUAUGUUUAAUGGGAGAAGCUAAACUACCUUUCUUCAUAAAGGAGGUAGGUUUUAAAUUUUAUUUGUGCUGCUGUGACCCCUUUGGUGAAGAGCCGAGACUCACCCUUUCAUUAUGGAACCCAGCAGCUACUGUUGCUUUUCAGUUAUAAGCCAAAUCUGUUGGGAAGAGGGAAUGAGCAGCCUCAGAGGAACCUUCCCAUCUUCCUGAACUGUCAAACAGAAAUGUUAUGGCAUUAUGUGGCAGUGUGAGUGGGAACGUAUCUCCCAAAAGGCACCUGCAUACCACAUCUGGGGGGUCAUCUGUGAGAAGACCACAGAUGUCAAUGGAGAGUUGUUGACAUAGUUCCUGUGCUUGAUUAUUGUGGAAACUCGUGGAACAAUAGCUUCUGUUUUGCUUUCACACUUUUACUGACUAGAAUUUUAAUUUGGUGUCAUCACUGUGUGGCCAUGAAGAGGUUAACCUAGCUCCCAACUUUUCUUUGAGUUUUCUUCCUCUUUUUUAAGCCAAAUCAUAAAGCCAGUGAGAUUGUGGAGCUGUGGUUGUCUGCAAGCUUCUUAAUGGCAGUCAUGUGAAAAGGUCACUAAGCUUCCGAUACCAGCUCUUGAUCAAGAAAAGCUCUGUCUGUUUAUUACAGGGUGUGUCCAGUGGGUUGAGGAAGGUCAUUCUGCCCUAGUGAGAGCACAUCUGGAGUAUUGUGUCCAAUUCUUGACUCCCGAGUUCCAGAGGGACAGGGCUAUUCUGGAAAGAGUCCAAUGGAGGCUAUGAGGAUGAUGAAGGGACUGGAACACCUGCCUUGAGAGGAAAAGCUGAGAGAACUGGGACUGUUUAGUCUGGAGAAGACAAGACUGAGAGGGGACCUUAUUAAUGUAAAUAAGUAUCUGAAGGGUGGAUGUGAAGAAGGAGGGGCCAAUCUCUUUUCAGUGGUGCCCUCUGGUAGGAUGAGGGGCAGCGGGCACAAACUGAAGCACAGGAGGUUCCACCUCAACAUGAGGAAGAACUUCUUUCCUGUGAGGGUGACAGAGCCCUGGGACAGGCUGCCCAGAGAGGUGGUGGAGUCUCCUUCUCUGGAGACGUUCAGGACUGGAUGCAUUUCUGUGUGACCUGCCCCAGAUGAUCCUUCUCUGACAGAGGGGUUGGUCUCGAUGGUCUCCAGUUGUCCCGUGCAGUCCUGACCAUUCUGUGAUUACAAGCCAUGACAGAAUCCAUUAAGAUAUUUUGCCUCAGUUCCUUUGCAGAAUAUAAUAACAUCCUAAGAGUUCAAGGAGAGCCCUAACUCUCUUCUGAUGGGAUUACGAAGGAUAGCUCACACUCUUCCAAAAAUGAGUAUGUUACAAGCUAACACAUAGCCUUUUUUGUUGUUCUUCCAGCUGUUCUACAGUGCCAGUCCAGCACAGGUACCUGUUCUGCUGCCACUGGUACAGUGUUUGCUCUGCUGGAACUUGGCACUGAGAGCACACAAAAGCAGAAAAGAGCAUGAAGAGCUAGAUGGUGGGGGUUUAACUUGUUGCUUUUCCAAAUUUUUGUACCAGAAUUUUUAGUUUUGUUUAAUUUUUUUUAAAAUAAUAAUGCAAUACUUUUAUUAAAAACAAAUAAGCAUUUAUGUUCCAAAGAGAGCCAUAAAGAAAUAUUUGCAGCGUGGUAAACUUUAGCAGACUUCCUAAGAAAAAUAGCCUGGAAGAUAUCCCAAGCCUGUUAGGAUUUUUUACUGCAUCUUUUGACAUGACUUCAUGAAUUCCUGGGGGUUUUUUAAUAAUAAUUUAUUUUCGGCUGUGCUCACAUGUAUCCUGCCAAAAUGAAACUUCCCUUCAGGAGGAUUUUGUGCACCUUUUCUCUCUUAGAGCACCUGGAUUAACUGUCAUAAAAGACAGAAGUACUACACUGGAAGGAUUUUGGACUGUCCCAGUCUGGCCACGUGUAAAUUCCUAACCUAUGAAAAACCUGCCUACCUGUCCCGCUUCAGUUCCAGCUCUUUUUUCCUUGCAGCUGCCUGGACUUUCUCCAGACCCUAAGUGUGACUAAAAAUACUGUGGCACCACACAGGUAAUGCUUUAGGUUUGAAAUUAAUACAAUCUUUCCCUGUCUAUUACCACUUCAGCUAUUAAUCUUUUUUUUCAAAAAGUUCUUUUUCUUUCCUGUGCAGCACUUGGCAGGUUGACACAGAGAGGUUGAUACUCCCUUCUUUUUUUCUUAAACUUGUAUUUAGUUCCUCAACUGUAAAUUGUAUGGAAAUUGGAUAUAUGUACUUGGCAAAGAAUAUCUGUGUUUUUCAUUCUCAGUUAUCCCAGGUUGGGCUGUUGCUCUGACCCAUUGUUUUGUUGAAGUAUUGUUGACUCCUAUUUGAAGUCAUGUAGUGUUAACCAAAAUAGGCUGUGGCUUGGGCUAAUUUAUAGCCACUUUUCUCCUCAGUACAGCAGCUGAAAUCCAGCAACCUGUAGCCUCCCCAGCAGCCUGUGACUGGUGUUUUGUCCAGUUUAUAGUGAAGAGUUUUGGGUGAGUCACUUGAGGAUCAUUUCAGCCUGGCCAAGGAAAUUGGUGUGGUGGAAGGGAAACUGAAGCUGCUCCCUGAAGAAUAAAUAGCAAUGAGCUGGAGCAGCAAUGAUGGGAAGUACCUCCAGGUAUUCUGUAUCUUGGGGCAGCAAUUUUUGCACCUAAUUUCCCAGUUUGAAUGAUCUCACCACAGGAUAAGGACACAGAGGAGUGUUCCAACCAUCUGUAAUUUCAGGUUCUAUUUGUUGCCCUCAACAAUUGACAAUAUUAUCUGCCUGUUCCAAUUUAACCAUAGCAUUUUUAUUUUUUUUUCAAAUCUGGUGUAAUUAUUUAGAACAUUCUCUGAAAAGAUGUUCAGAACCCAUGGGCUGUUAGUCUGACCUUUGCAAGUGAAACACCAUGGUUCCUUUCUGUUCAGUCAGGCCACUACUCCCUUGCCAUUGUAGCUCCUUGCAGGCACUUCCUUGGGCUUGAGGGUAGAAAGGGGCAGUCAAGAGUUCUAAAAACAAAUGUGUCCUGUUUCCUGGCUGGAUGGAGUACACACUGUCUUUCCAUCUACUGUAGCACUCUAAAUGCCUGUUUCCUCUUGUUCUUAGAAUAGAUGUUUAUAUAGGAGACUGAUAUAAAGUACAAUGGACUCUGCCUCUGGAACCAAAGGUCACAUGCACACGUGCAUUUCAUUUUAAAUGCUAAUAAUUUCAAAUUACUUCUUAACAAAAUAUUUUAGUAGGCUAAGAGGAAAAGGCAGAAAUAUGCUUGUAGUGUUGUACUGCUGCAAAUCAAAAGCAUAAUUUUUUUUUUAAAAAAUUAUUCUUUGUCACUUCUUUCCCAUACAGUCACUUUUCUGUUCUGACGUUCCUUGGCUGUGGAUUGCUGUUUCAGUAGUCUUUCAGCAUCCAAAAAUUUCAGCUUGUGUGUAACUUCGGUUUGGUUUUUUGGCAUCAGGACAUCUGAUUUUUGUAAGAUCUCAGCAGAAUGAUUCAUUGUUUGGUGUUAGGGAAAUACAGAAUCAUUGAAUGAUCUGGGGGGAAGGGACCUUCCAACUCACCUAGAUCCAACCCCCCUGCAUGGACAGGGGCACCUCCCACUAGAGCAGGUUUCUCAAAAGCACAACAUUGCUACUAAGCACUACAUAAAUAAGAAAGGAGAAGCAUUAUUCUGGUUCCAUUCUUAUGGAGGAGGCCAGUGGUGUUUUCCUCAGUUUCCCUUUUGGCCCGAGGUCUGCACCCCCUCCAGCAGCGGGCACGUCCCUGCCAGGCGGUGCCGCAGCCACCCGGGGCACUUGAAGUGCAGCCUGCCUCUCAUUUCUGGCAUGAUGGUACUUCCUAAAUCAAAACCAGUAUGGGCUAAAACUGUGUGAAGAAAUGCUGCUGAAUUGUUUCCACAUCGUGUCAAUAGGCCUGGAAGAAGGACAAGGGCCUUGGAGGUUCCAAGUCUGGCCCACUCUGAAUGCAUUUGCAACAGCUAGUCCUUCCCCCCCUGGCCUUUUUCUCUCCCCAUGGAUAUCUCCUCCCCACCCUCAGUGCUCCUUCCCUUGCUGGUAGGGGAGGGAUGGGGAUGAACAAGAACAUUAAUUACUUUCUCAUGACAGCCUUCUUUCAAAUUAGUGUGAGAGGCCAGGAAGUCUAUAAAGUAGGUAUGGUUUGGCUUGGAGGUUUUGCUUUGUCUUUAAGUGUCUUUAUUUUCAUUUUAUGCUUCAAAGUCUGACUUUUAUACAGUAAUUCUGUAGGUGUUACCACUUCCUCAGGAACCUGUGACUCAGUCAGCGUGUAAAUGCAAUGACAUCACUUGUUUGAAUUGCCUGUUUCCUAAAUAGGGACUGUUGGGUUUUCUUUUAAUACUUGCAGCUUUAUUUUGAGGGUUUGUUGUUGUGUUUUUUUUUUUAAGAGGGGAAGAGGAUGAGGGGUUUUAAUUAUCUUAAGGCAGCCUGGCCAUUUUAAGUAACCACACUGCAUGUGUUUGAACCUUUUGAGUUGCUGAAAUCACCAAUAUUGAAGUUUACUUGAAACAGGAGGUCUGCAUUUCUGCACAGGCUGUUUAUGAAUGAAAUAGUUGUAAUUAGGUCUUACAGAGGUUCCGUUAUUAUAAAGCAUUUGUCAUUCACUCCUGAGCUGUAGGGGAGAGGGGAAAGGAAAAGGCUUGAGCAUCAUUUUCCAUUAUUAUUUUGUAAGUAAAUGCAAACAAAAGAGAAUGUGUUUUCACUGCUACUGGGCAGUUUUAAUGGAUCUCCCUUGCUCUCAAUAGCAGCACAGGAGACUGAGGGUAGAUUUCAGUGUUUCCUUCCCUCCAGCUGAUACUUUUCAAUGAUCAUGCUGUAUAAAUACAUGGGUGGAACAGGAGGAGCCAGAGGGAAGUUUGCUGCCCUGCCUGGAAGCAGUGGCUGCAGCAGGUAGGUGUGCUCCAGGGGGCAGGGCAGCCUGCCUGGGCUUUUCUUCCCAGCACAGAACCCCAGUGAUGUCACUGCAGGAGCUGGCUGUCAAACUGCUGUGAAAAGGAACGCCAGGAAUUCUUGGCAUCAAAGGAAUGUGACAAGCUGGGUGUCUGUCUAGGUUAUGUAUUCAUUGUGUUCAUGGGCUGGCUAUAAAAGUCUUGCAUGUAUUUAUUGUUGUGAGUAAAGGAUCCCUGUCCUUUUGUUCAAGGAGCAGCAGUCUGGGGCUGCAGAGGUGUCAGGGCAGCUCAGACUUGAGGUACAGCCUUUUGGUCUUGCUUUAGUUGGACAGGUUCUCCCUGAGCAGUGCCAUCGUGGCUGCUCUUUGAAAGACACCUCAAAGAAAGCCCAUGUGUUCAGGGAGGUGGUAGCAGUGACUGCAUAGGUAAUGGUCUGUCUUCCAGUUAUGUCAAUCCAGGUCAAACCUUGGCACUAUUAAGAACCACAUAAUUGUAGUUAUUUUUCAGGUGACACACUAGACCAAAGUCCUAAAAAAAGCUUCUGUAAAAAAGCUUCUGUUUUUUUAUAUAUAUAUUUAAUUUUAAUUUAUUUCAUCCUUUAGGACUGAAUUUAGGAAGGUGGGAAUCUUCCUAAAGUUGCUGUUCAGCUUCCCCUGGAUCCUUCAUUUUCUAAAUGACCUUUGUGCUGGGGUCAUACAUGCUUUUAAUGAAAACCUCUCUACUCAAGUCCCAGCCAAGAGCUGUUAGAGCAGUAGUUGGAUAUCCUUAUUGGUACUAAGCUGGAAUUCUUUGGGAUGAUAGAUGGUAUAAAUGUAAUAACAUUACAAUGAUUUGGUCCCACAGACAUAAGGACAUUUUUUUCCUUAUUAAAAUGUUGGCUAUCACGUGUCCCUUGCCUGCAGUGAGGCAGUAUUUGUGAUUUUCUCUAGGGCUGUAGUGAGGAAGGAGUGAGCUAUAUGUGCUGAGCCCUGCAGGGCAGCAGCUGAUCUGUGUUCACAGCCAGCUGCCCACAACACUUCUGUGCUUUCAGCAUCCCUGAGAUGUCACUACCUCCCUGGCUGUGUUUGGGUGAGGAGCAGUUCAGCAGUGGUUACCAACCAGAUGUUGCAAACUUGAGAGGAUUCUUUGUAGCCAUUGGCUAGGAGAAGCAGGGAGCAAGUCAAAUGCUGCUGUGUUCAGCAGUUCCCUGUCACUGCCAAUUUAGGUUCCUGUUAUUAGUAUUUGGAAACGUCAUUAAGAGAUUCUGAUAGAUAACAUCAAGAUAAGCAGUGCUUAAUAAUCAGCAAGGAAAGCAGGGUAACAAAGUACUAUUGAGCUGAGGUAUUGGAAAAGGAUGGAAAAGAAAGUGAUUUGAAUGUCACUUGAGUGUCAGGAGGGGCUGACACUCAUGCCACAAGGACACGCAGCAGAAUGUUGUUUCACAAGAUGACCAAAUUACUGGUGUAAAAUUAUUUUGUUGUGCUAUAAUAGGAGAUGAUUGUGACUUCAGAAAUUUCCUAAGCCAAAAUGUUGUGUUCUAGCUUUCACAGUUUUGAGAUUAAUGUGAUUAGUUAUUGUGAUUUUUAAAAACACUUAAUUAGAGCAACUUUGACCUCUCCAUAAUAGUCAUAGACAUGGGAAGCUGAAUUGAGGCAGAGCCCAUGGGCUGUAUCUCCAGUGAAGGCAAGGGCAGUCACACCAUCUCCACCUCCCCUCUGGUCUCUGAGCUUUGUUUGGUAGAGUCUCUUUUGCUGACUAAGUGCCUGGUACAGCAAGACCAGCCUUGAUUGCAUCAGAUAUGCCAUGGAAUAGGACAGGUAUUACAGAGGAUACAGGUGUAUCUCAUCUCAACAUUGUCUACUAAAGCCUUUUAAUUUAAUCAGUUUGGACAAGGAGUUCAGAUGUGGUUAGUUGAAUUAAUUUACCUGAAUUUUUGGAUGCUCUAAACUCAACUUUGAUGAUGUCUUAAACUGGGUUUUGGAAUUCUAAAAGGAGUCUGAUCUCCAAUGUAAAGACAAUCUUAUAUUAAGCAUGUAUUUUAAAAGUUCUUGUGUGUAAAAGAGGAUUAAAUAAACCUGUUGUUAACUUUUAAA